GUUGUUUGACAGUGUGUUCGCUUCCAGCUGUCAUUUGUACACGAGUAACAUAAUUUUCCCUUUUUUCUUCGUACUAAUUCGAUGGAUGGCCUGGCAUUGAUUCGAUUGUUGGCUCGUGUAUUUCGUCAAGAGUGAUUAUGCUGACUCAAAGUGCUGUGAAAAUCGUAACGUUGCAAUCAAUAUUUAUGUUUUGGCGUUGUUUGCCGGUAUUAUUGUGGCCGUAAAUCGAAAGUUUCAUUGAAAUUUUGCGUUUGAAAGUAGCAAAACUACGAUAUUCACAUUCGAAAGUGUAAUGAAAAAAAAAUUUACUCUGAACAAAACAAAAUAAACCAAUUAAGAAAUUUGCAGAAAAUUCCCAUUAAGCGUCGUUCAAAAGUGCAUCAACUGGUGAUUUUUAUACAUGAAAAUUUUCAUUUAAAUGUCUAUUUGCUUUUAAAAUUGCCGUGAUGUCAUCUGUGAUGUCAUCGUCAUCUGCAGACGAAAUAAUCAAAAAAUGUCACGAUGUUGGCGAAAAAUUUCAGACCGAGAGUAAAAAUGUAAACACAGCUGGUCACCUUCACACAAACACAAGCAAUCAUCCCGUGCAUUAUUUACAUGAAUUGCCACUCGCAGCCGAAAAGCGAUAUGAAACACUGUUCAGCCAACUGGAUCGAAAUGGCAAUGGACAAAUUGACAUUCAUGACCUAAGUGAGGCAUUGAAAGACAUCCACCUGUCGCAUCAGUAUGCGGAAACAUUUUUACGACAAACUGACACAACCAAUCGUGGUCAUGUGAAUUUAGCCGAAUUUAUUCAUUAUGUACGCGAGCACGAGAAAAAUCUACUGCUUCAUUUCACACAUUUGGAUAAGGACGGUGAUGGCAAAGUGAAUUUGGAUGAUUUGAUAUCGGGAUUCAAGGAGCUGGGCAUCGAUAUUGACGCUGAUGAAGCGUUGAAACUGUUGAGACGUGUCGAUCAGGAUGAUACAUUGAUAAUUAGCUAUGACGAAUGGAGAGACUUUCUACUUUUGGCACCUUCCCAUGACAUUCAUCACAUCAUCAAUUUCUGGCGACAUUCUACGUAUCUCGAUGUAGGCGAAGACAAUUUUGUGCCUGAAAUCGCCAGCGGAUGGAGACAUUUGGCGGCGGGAGCGGUGGCCGGAGCCGUAUCACGUACGUGCACCGCACCAUUAGAUAGACUUAAAGUGUUUUUACAAGUUCAAACGAACCGUGUGCGAAUUGCCGAUAGUUUUAUUUAUUUAUUGAAAGAGGGUGGUAUACGGAGUUUUUGGCGUGGCAACGGUAUCAACGUACUCAAAAUUGCGCCUGAAACAGCUCUCAAAUUUGCUGCAUACGAAAAGGUUAAACAACUUAUCAGACAAAAUGAACAGAAACAACUUAGUAUUUAUGAAAGGUUCAUGGCUGGGGCAUGUGCUGGUGGAAUUAGCCAAACAAUAAUCUAUCCAUUGGAAGUAUUGAAAACGAGGUUAGCUUUAAGAAAAACCGGCCAAUACAAAGGCAUUUUGGAUGCGGCAAUAAAAAUUCAUGCCAAUGAAGGAAUAUGCAGUUUUUAUCGUGGAUACGUCCCAAAUAUUCUAGGAAUCGUCCCUUACGCUGGGAUCGAUUUGGCUGUUUAUGAAACUCUCAAGCGAAAAUAUUUGAAUAAGCAUGAGAUGGAUGGCGAGCGACCAAGUUUCUUCGUUUUAUUGGGUUGUGGUACGGCAUCGAGUUCUAUCGGUCAACUGUGCUCAUACCCAUUGGCGUUGAUUCGGACCAGGCUACAAGCGCAGGUCAUCAACAAUAGCAAACAACAGCCGGCUAUUCGCCAACCAGAGCACACAAUGUCUGGCAUUUUUAGACGCAUCAUCGAAACCGAAGGCAUCACCGGACUAUAUCGUGGAAUCACACCGAAUUUCAUUAAAGUUUUGCCCGCCGUUUCGAUUAGCUAUGUUACUUAUGAAUAUACAAGUCAAGCGCUCGGUGUCAGUAUGUCGUGAUCAUUUAGCAUCAUAAUCGUGAUUUAUUUUUAUUUUCUUCAUUUUAAUGAGAAACUUUUAGCUGACAACAACACUUCCUUACUAGCAAAUUUUGGACUAUAUAUACAGAUAUUCCUUAGCAAUACGACACACGUGCAAAUAAAUGUUAACUGCUUAAAUCGUGUAGUUAAAAUUCUAACUAUUUCAAACGAAUCAAGCUAAACGAUUUUCAACUUCUAUUGAACUAUAAAUUGUAAAAACUAAGUAAACAAAACAAAAUAGUAGAUGUAUUAUUUUAAAACAGAAAAGAUGAGCUCGAAAUAUCAAUAGUAGUGACCUGUAUUCAGAAACAAGAGUAAAAUCUCUCGCUAAAAUUAUGCAACAUUCAAAGAAGAAAAAAAAAUACAAAUUGAAUUACUAUAAUAGAUAGAUCGUUAAACAAACGGAAAAGAGAAAGACAUUAUUACGAGAACAUGGGAAAUGAUAUGUUCUUUUGAACGCAUGAAGAUAACAUCUAGUAUUUAUUAAUUUAUUAAAUAGAAUAUUUAAUCGAAACGGGGAAAGAAACACAAACACAAUUUUUUAACCAAUCCGAUUUUUCUUUUGUAUUUUUCCCAUUUUUUCACACAAUUCUUUUCUAUAUUAUUUAUUUUUCGCUUUAAUUUUGUAUUUAAAAACAAUUCAAAUCAUCAUUCAGAUCAAUCGUUUUCACUUUGAGAUGAAAAACAAAAUUCUCCCUUUCUCAAUUACACAUGUAUACAACAGAUCUUAUUUUACUUGAGUUCUAAGACUUUGUGAUUACGACUGUGCUUUGUUUUUUUUUUUAGUUGUUGAAAAUAAUUUUGCCAUGCUUCGGACGUGUUCCUUUUCAUUUAAUUAAAUUAUGAUUUUAUUUAUUUGCAAAAGUGUCUGCUGUACUGAAAACAUGUUACAUUUUAAGGUGAAUCUUACUUUUUGACACUAAGAGAUUUAAAGAGAAGACAAAUGACUUCAGCUUCAGUUCAGGAUAAGCGCUACGACUCCGAUAUUUCGGAGGCAGCGUUUGUGAUAAAAAUGAAUCUAGAAAAUGUGUUGAAUUCAUUUGAAACCUACGGCAAACGUGCUUAUUUUUCAUGUAACAAGCAGUUUGAGUACAAACAAUUUUGUUAAAAGGAAAAAAUGUUCAUGAUAAAUGCAAAAUGACCGAGAUACGAACACUUGGAUGAUUAUAACACGUCAAUGAAACGUUCACGGCUCCAUUGAUUAUCGCACGCUCUAGCGAUUAACCAAAAAUACACAAUAUAAACUCUUGCACCGUUCCAUGUUUGAACAUAUUCUCUUUCUCUUUCAAGCACUGGUUUUCUGUUUUGGCAUUGAGCUGAUUACCUAACUGUCAAAUAGUGUAAUUACAUUUCAAAACACCAAUAAGACUUUGAAUCAAAAUUGCAACAAAAAAAAUGUUCUCAUUGUAUUAAAAUGUGCGUCAACUUGGUUUGACGUUUAUCGUUCAAUAGAA